AUGCAGGACAAGUGGGGUUCACUCGUACACGGAAGACCAUCUCACAUCAACACAGUAGACUGGGAGGUACAGCACCUCGAGGAAGAAGACUUCCCCGAAAAUGCUGCAGACGAAGACGAAGAAGAUGGAAGCACAGAGGUAGAAAAAGGACGAACGCUGUUCUGCGAGAUGAUUAAACUUACAGAGAUUCUGGGCCGAAUCUUGUCGACUUUCUACACGCUGAAAGCAGAGCGAGAAGUUGAGAGACGUGCGAGCGAAGGAGUGCUGUGGAUUCUUGAAAGGGCAAAGCCAUUACAGCUAGAAUUGCGCCAGUGGUUCUCGAGCCUGCCAGACGUACUGAAGAUGGGAAACCUGGCCGCGCGCAAGCUUUCCUCCACAGAUGACCCAUCUCUUCGCUCUAUCUGUCGACAAGCCGCACAAGUCCGACUGAAAUCCGCCAUGGACUUCGUGUCCAGCCUUCGACCCGAGCAUCUCCAGUCGUUCUGGUACUCUGCAUCCAAAUACAACUUUGCACUCGUAGGCACCUUCAUUUCGCUUCUCUGGGCAACUGCAACCGAUCCAAACGAGGCAAGUUUGUAUAAGAAGAGCCUGGACGAGUAUCGAUGGGUUUUGCGCUUGUCGUCUAAAUCUGCAGACUUCCUCGAGCACGCGAUUGCUAUGCUUGCGACUUCCACAGGUGUAUUGGUCAAAGCUAUUCCGGACACACUGGAUGCGACUCGUAUCCUGAACCGACACUUGAAGCGAAUGAACAAUAGCUCAGAAAGCGCAUAUCAAUCCGAGCUGGAGCUACACAAUGAAACAUCACCAGAGAACGUUGUUGGAGAUACGCCACCAGGCAGUGAGAGUAUGGUGAGAGAGUGGGACCAGAAUCAUGCAUGGUUUGGUGUUUCGGUUGAUGGAGGAGGCGGUUUCGGAGAAACACUAGGCGAGAUUGAUUUGUCGAACCACUACUCAGGGUUGGGCGCGGCGCAAAGUCAUUUUCUGUACCAGCCUUUGCAAUGA